AUGAACGAACGCGUCAAACCCAAAGACUUGUCAGAUAAGAGGUCUGACUGGGUGGAGAUUGUGGAGCCGCGCUCGAGGGAGCGCAUGUACGUCAACCUGCUGACCGGCGAGUGCGGGUGGGAACUGCCGCCCGGCGUCCCGGUCCGUCAGUCGGACGGCAACCAGUGGUGGGAGCUUUUUGACAGCAAUAACAAUCGGUUCUACUACUACAACUGCACAAGUCAGCAGACGGUCUGGCACAGGCCUCAAGACUGUGACAUAGUGCCUCUAGCGCAGCUCCAAGCCAUGAGGAGGAGUUCUGAGGCCAAGCUGAGGGGUCAAGGGAGGAUCCAGAGAGGUCCGGUGGAUGGCAGGCGGACACCACAACCUGGACUGGGGUCUUCUUCACUGGAGAAAGAGAGUGGAAGGGAGACGCCAUCGUCCAAGGGUAAAGGAGACAGUUUGGAGAGAAGGAACCAGGGAAAUAGGGAUGCCGCUCAAAGAUGGCAGCCUGCUCCUGGAUCCAAGGCUGCCAUGUUGGUGAAAGUUAACAGCAUUGGAAGAAACCAAUCUCUGGGUCCAGCUACUGCCCACCAACGUCUCCACCUCAACCCCACCAACACUAGCACUUCUCCCAAACCAGGUUACACAGCGCAACUUGACAGAACAGGUUUGCUCAGUAAAAUGGCAGUUCCUGGAGACUCCAAGCAGGGUUACCACCUCAAAAAGGGGGAUGCCAACUUCUGUCUUGUUUUGCCACCUUCUAUUUCUUCAUCUUACUCUGCCCACCAGUGCUCUGGUGCAGGUACACCUCGCCCCUCCUCUCCUCAAUACGGAGCUACACCCUCAGCACCCAUCUACGACGAACCUCCACCCAUUGAGCCCCCAAUUUACGAUGAACCCCCAGUGGAAAUGGAAGUAGAAGGUGCGCACCACUUACACCGAGUUCCCUACCCCACCAGUCACAGCCUGCCAAGAGGAACCCAGCCUCCUAAACUCCUCCAGUUCCCCCAUUCCAAACACAUCUGCAGCUCCUCAGCUAGUGAAUACAGUCCGGCCGGCUGGGAGUGCAUUAAACACAUGGUGAACGUGGAUGCAGCUGCAUCCAAGCACCAGCCCCAGACAACUAACCCCAUCGAGGGGCCUUCAAAUACAGCCAGUCCUCAAAUCCAGCCCCAGUCUCCAGUAUCUGCCCAGAUUAAGAGGGAAGUUUCUGUAGAGAAGAAGCAAUCAUGGAGGCUGUUGGAACCCCGCCACAGCCGUCAAAGCAGCCUGGCCUCUCAGGAGUACCCAGGCCCUGCUGCCGUCACGUAUCAGGACUCUGGCUAUUCCACUGGGCCGUCCCCAAGUCUGCGAAGGAAGAACCGACGUCGUGCAGCUCUUGGCACUGGGUCGGGUCGACCUGGAUCGGUGGGCAGCAGUGGGGAGUUGAAUGCAUUAAAUGAGAAGCUGAUGGCGGAAAUGAGGGCGGUGGUAAACUGUUCCAAUGCCCUUCAUGGAAGCAAGGCCAGUCUGGACACUGAGAUGGGCUCAGAGGCUUCUGGUAGUACUGCCCGCUCCCCAGUCUGUUCAUUGAAGAUGGGUGCGAGAGGGGGUGAAUCGAGGGAGGAUGUGACAUCAAGUAACCGAUCACUGUACAGGAGAGGGGGCAACAACCACAGUGACGUCAUUCUGUCGCCACUGGUGACAGAUGGUCUCGGAGGUCGGCAGAAAAGGACGUAUGAGAAAGUGGAUUCGCUGGAGAAGAGCGUAACAUCGCAGACCAGCUUGUCAUCCCCGGAACCACCAAGGUCACCCUCACAGACAGGAACACUGGAAUCCAAAACUCAACAGGACAUCUCGCCCCAGGACUGUGACCAUGACAGAGCGGGUCGUGGAACCGCCCACCUCAGCCAUAAAAACAACAACAACCGUCCCACCCCUCCUUCCCUUGCCAGCACGGGUUCUGGUUACCAGUACCCAUACACCACCCUCUGCAAGCCUACACCCGAUGCCAACAUGGAGGACUGGGCCAGCAAGAACCUUAACCAGCACACGCAGGGCCUGUUUCGCCGGCGCGUCUCCAUUGCUAAUAUGCUCUCGUGGAACCGUGGCUCCAUUAAGAAACCAAUGCUGAUCAUCAGCGACCGGUCUGUCAAGAAGGAAGCCUGCGAGAUGUUCAAGCUGGUCCAGGCCUACAUGGGCGACAGGCCAGCCAGGUUGGACAAACGCCUUGCAGCCCUUCAAGUGGUCACGAAGUGCUGGGGGAUGCAAGGCUUGAGGGAUGAACUGUACGUGCAGUUGGUGCGACAGACCACCGGAAACUUGAGUUUGAGGAGCUUGGAGGCGGGCUGGGAGUUGAUGGCCAUCAGCCUAGCGUUCUUCUCGCCUUCGCCCAAGUUUAGGCGCUAUUUGGAAGGCUACAUCCAGCGACACCUUGAGCCCAGUACUGAUAAGAAAAUACUGCAGCACAUCAUGGAGCAGCAGGACAUAAAAAACAAGAAGAAUUCAAAAUCCGGGAAGAAGAGGAGACAGAACAAUGAGGAAGAAGAGGGUCUCUCCAUCAGCACUUACGCAAAGUACUGCUACCGUAAGCUGCAAAAAGUGGCCAUUACUGGGGGCAAGAAGCUUUCAGAAACAGACGAAUAUGUGUAUCAUAAGCAGGCUUGGCUGAAGCUGUUGUCUUCAUUUUGUAGAGUACCGGGGGAUAUUGAUGAGGUGAAUGCUCUCAAGCUACAGGUGGACCAGUGGAAACUUCCAGACAACCUCUCUGAUCCCAAUGUCCCUGCGUCUCUGUUGAAGUUGUGGUACAGGGAGCUGGAGGAGCCGGUGAUUCCUCAGAGCUUCUAUAAGCAGUGCAUCAGUUACUAUGAAGAUCCUGAUGCAGCCAUCAGUGUGGUUCAGUCGCUCCCACAGCUCAACAGACUCGUGCUCUGCUACUUCAUCAACUUCUUACAGGUCUUUGCUCAGCCGGUGAAUGUGAGUAGGACUAAGAUGGACGUGAAUAAUUUGGCGAUGGUCAUGGCUCCAAACUGCCUGCGCUGUCAGUCUGAUGAUCCUCGAAUCAUCUUUGAAAACACACGGAAAGAGAUGUCCUUCCUCCGCAUACUCAUCGUCCACUUGGACACUGGCUUCAUCAAGGGCUUAAUCUAGUUAUUUUGCGGCAUAGUUCAGAUUGAAUCAUCCAAGAGAUGAUGGGAAUCAGGACCUUCUUCUGCUCAGAGAAUCAUCUUUAAGCAUCCAAAUAUUAGUUCGGACAACGUCUCAACUAAUCCAGCUUUGCCUCAAUGUGAAUCAUCCUGAACUUGACUCUCAUGACUCUUCUUGAAGCCAGACAUUAUUUGAACUGAAUCAAUUGACUGAGUUUGAUUCCGCAACAAAACAAAUGCAUGAUGUUUGUUAUUUUCUGUCUUUUAUAUUGAUUAGCAGGGAAAUACAUCCUUUGGACAAUCAUAAUCGUAAUAACACACAUGCAAAAUGACCUGCAGCAUAUUUCCUUAAUUUAAUAAGGUAUGAGUGUUCUGAUUAUUUAAUAGCAACCGUUAAGCUCAUGUAUGAGUGCAGGGAGAAUUUCUGACUUCAGUUGUGUGUAUAAGGCUGAGCGUAAGCAAGAAAAGGUGAAUUAACAUUGCAGAGCUGUGGAUCACAAAGACAGCUCUGAAAUACUAGUGGUCAAGCUUUGAGCUUGAGGUCUGGUGCCUUACAUGAGAAUGAUCGAUGAUGUAUAAGAUGCAUAAGUGCCCAUAAAUACACCCUCCACAUUUCUGCAUCGUCAUAGACUCCAAAUGAACUGGUACCACAAGCAAUUUUCAUUUAGUCUCUCACUGUAGUUUUCCCAGUCGUCCCAUUUGGAAAUAGAAAAUUAUAUUUCCAGAUGUGGUUUGGCUACAUCCAAGAUGAUUGUGCAGAACUAUUCUGUAGCAAGUUAAACCAGGAACCAGACUGGAACCAGGAACCACUCCUCUCACAAGGUAGCUGCUGCUCAUUGGCACACUGAAAGUGCAAAAUCGCAUACUUCCCUACUACAUGGUAUGCGAAAAACAGUAUGUGAGGUGAGUAAUAUGCCUGAAAUCAUUGUUUUCAAAAAACAGUAGGCAAAAAGUUCCCGGAUGACCUACUACUUCCUCCAGGAUCCUGAAGUGUGCAUUUGAUAGACACUUUAUUAUCCCAUUAGGCCACAGGAGAAGAUUUAUGAAUGGCAGUGAAGCAAUGCUGGUAGGUCAUGUGACCGAAACAACAUGGCGGAUGUAGUACAUACAAAUUUCAUUUCGAACAUACCUUCGGUUUCAGUUGAUCCAUCAGCUCCAACAUCAAGGGAUGGCAAAAAUGUUGUGUUCAGAUUUGCCCAGGCUGAAUAAACACUUAGGCCAGAAACAUACUCUACACAAGUAUGCAAUA